CUUGAGGCCUCCCGUCCUCCCUCACCAGCCCCCUCCAUCUCCUGCAUCACAAGGCUCCGUCCCCGCCGUCCCCCGCGACCCCCGCACCCGGCCCGGCUCCACCCGCCGUGCUUCCUGCCCCUCCACACCCUCAUCCCCACCCGGGCCCAUCCCCCUGUGAGCCCUGGUGCCCUGGGAUGAGGGCCGAGGUCCUGAGCGGAGAGGGUGCUUGUACCAGCCCCAUGGUGGCUCGAGCCCACCCCGUGGCCCCUCCCGGGGCAGGUGCGGUUUCUCCACCGGUUGCCAGCUGCGGGGCCGGGCGGAGACCUCCUCAACCUCCGGCCUUGUUUCAGGGAGGAUGGGGUCGACCCUUGCGAUCCCCAGAGGCCCCCCAUGGCCCCUCCUGGGCUGGCUGUCUUCCUCCUGUGGGUUCCGAUGCCACCUGGGCCCACGGCGUCUUCCCAGCCCAGGGCGGCCGCGCCUCCGCAUUGGCAGAGCUGCCACCAAGAAGAACACAGCACGUUGAAGGCACGGUGGCUCCUGCAGCUGCAGCCCUGAGACCUGAUUCUACCAUAGAAGGCACGGUGGCUCCUGCAACUGCAGCCCUGAGACCUGAUUCCACCAUAGAAUGUGGGGUGGCUCCUGCAGCUGCAGCCCUGAGACCUGAUUCUACCAUAGAAGGUGGGGGUGGCUCCUGCAGCUGCAGCCCUGAGACCUGA